GCACUUUUUUCCUCCGUUUUGCAAAGUUCCUCAAGAAAGCGCUAAAAAGCCGCCAGGAGAGAAGGGGGUGCUUUAUUCGCUCCCCCCUCCGAGGCGUGGAUGGAGAAGAAAAGGGAAACGCGACUGAGCCACCUUUGCUGCAUCUUUUAUCAGCUGUGUUUCCUGUCAAAUGGGAUCACUUCAGGUCUGCAACCUCUGGGAGAUUUUGAAGAGUGGGAGAUUGUUUACCCAGCCCUGUGGAGUAGAAGCCAGCAGGAAACCACUGGAGGGAGUGGUGCAGGAGGCAGCUGCAGCAUUGAUGGAAACUGUAGGAACAACAGCAGCAAUAUUAAUGCUACCUCUGCAUCCACUCAGGGAGUGGGCAGUUCUCGUGAGGUCCGCUCAGUUCCUUCCUCAUCUGACAAGCAGCAGCAGCUAGUUCGGGAAACUUCAGAGGAUGAAGAUGAAUCUCAGGAGUUCUAUCACUGGUCUCCACUUCCUCAGGGAUCUAAUGGUACUUCUCAGCAACCAUCUCUUCCACCUGUAUCUCCUCCAGAAGAUGAGGAUGAGAUGUUGCUGAGAAUACCAGCUUUUGCUCAGGAGCUCUAUCUGCUGCUUAAGAGGGACAGUCGCUUCUUAGCACCAGGUUUUGCAGUGGAGGAACGACUAUUGAAUGAAAGAAGGAAUGCCCCAAAUUUGGUCCACACACAAACCGAGAUAUCAUGUUACUACAGUGGGUCUGUGCUACAUUAUCCUGACUCCUUUGCCUCCUUCAGUACUUGUGGUGGUUUGAUUGGUUUUUUGCAGAUGAAUGAUGACUUCAUAUUUAUUGAGCCAUUCAAUCAUACUUUGGCUGUGAUAGGUCAUGCACACCGGGUAUGCAGACGUAAAAGAUCCAUACACGAAAAAGCCCCUGAAAAAUCCACUUCUCAUAGUCAAUACUGUGGUGUUCUUGCUGAGAAAAGAAGAGCCAGGGGUCAAAAAGGCACAGAAAAUGGACGAGGAAAAAGAUAUUCUUAUAAAUUACCUCAAGAAUAUAAUGUGGAGACUGUAGUGAUUGCAGAUCCAGCAAUGGUUUCCUAUCAUGGAGCAGAUGCUGCUAGGAGAUUUAUUUUAACCAUUCUAAAUAUGGUAUUUAAUCUUUUCCAGCACAAGAGCCUUGGAGUUCAAAUGAACCUUCGGGUGACUAAGCUUGUUCUGCUUCAUGAGACUCCAGCAGGGAUGUAUAUUGGACAUCAUGGUGAAAAAAUGCUAGAGAGCUUUUGCAAAUGGCAACAUGAAGAAUUUGGUAAGAAAAAUGACAUACAUUUAGAGAUGUCAACAAGCUGGAGUGAAGAUAUGUCACCAGUGGAUGCAGCUGUAUUAAUCACCAGGAAGGAUUUCUGUGUGCAUAAAGAUGAGCCUUGUGAUACUGUGGGAAUAGCAUAUUUGAAUGGCAUGUGCAGUGAAAAACGAAAAUGUAUAAUUGCAGAGGACAAUGGUCUGAAUCUUGCAUUUACUAUUGCCCAUGAAAUGGGUCACAACAUGGGAAUAAAUCAUGACAAUGACCACCCAUCUUGUGCAGAUGGUCUCCAUAUCAUGUCUGGAGAAUGGAUCAAAGGACAAAACCUUGGAGAUGUUUCAUGGUCCCGCUGUAGCAGAGAUGAUCUAGAAAGAUUUCUCAGGUCAAAGUCCAGUAACUGCUUGCUGCACACAAAUCCGCAGAGCCUCAAUUCUGUGAUUAGUCCUUCAAAACUGCCUGGGAUGACAUACACUGCAGAUGAACAGUGUCAGAUUCUUUUUGGACCGACUGCCUCUUUCUGCCAAGAAAUGCAGCAUGUUAUUUGUGCUGGGUUAUGGUGUAAAGUAGAAGGUGAAAAAGAAUGUAAAACUAAGUUGGAUCCACCGAUGGAUGGAACAGAUUGUGACACUGGAAAGUGGUGUAAAGUUGGAGAAUGUACAAGUAAAACAUCUUUCGUUGGACACAUGGAAGCAGAAUGGAGUACAUGGAGCACUUGCAGCAGAACGUGUAACACUGGAAUCAGCAGUCGACAGCGCAGGUGUGCUAGUCCAGUUCAUGAAGGAGCAGAAUGCCAUGGAUCAAGAAUACAAUAUAAAAUAUGUGAGAAUCCCUCUUGUAUUCCUGGACUGCCUGCAUUCAGGGAUUGGCAGUGUCAGGUCUUCAGCGUCAGGCUAGCAUAUCAGAAACAUGUACACCAAUGGCAGGCUGUUAUAGAUGAAGAAAAACCUUGUGCAUUAUUUUGUUCUCCAAAUGGAAAAGAUCAGGCAAUCUUGGUAACAGAGAAAGUAAUGGAUGGAACUUCCUGUGGCCCUCAGGAACUAGAUAUAUGUGCAAAUGGAAAAUGUCAGAAAUUUGGUUGUGAUGGCAUAUUGGGUUCUUUGGCAUGGGAAGAUCACUGUGGUGUCUGCAAUGGAGAUGGAAAAUCAUGUAGAGUUGUUAAAGGAGAUUUUAAUCAUACUCGAGGAGCAGGUUAUGUGGAGGCCUUGGUGAUACCUGCAGGAGCAAGAAGAAUCAAAGUUGUGGAAGAAAAACCAGCUCACAGCUACUUGGCACUUCGAGAUGCCAGCAAACAGUCUAUUAAUAGUGAUUGGAAGAUAGAACAUUCUGGAGCAUUCAACAUUGCUGGUACCACUGUCCACUAUGUUAGGAGAGGUCUGUGGGAAAAAAUUUCUGCCAAAGGUCCAACUACAUCACCUUUACAUUUAUUGGUCCUACUUUUUCAAGAUCAGAAUUAUGGGCUACACUAUGAAUAUACUAUUCCUUUAGAUCCGGUUCCUGAGAAUCAGAGCACAAAAGUAUCUGAGCCUCUAUUUAUGUGGACCCACUCAGGUUGGGAAGACUGUAAUGCUGUAUGUGGAGGAGGUGAAAGAAAGACAACAGUAUCCUGCACGAAGAUUAUGAAUAAGCAUAUUAGUUUUGUGGAUAACAAGAAAUGCAAACAUUUAACAAAACCAGAACCACAAAUUCGAAGGUGCAAUGAGCAGCCAUGCCACACCAGGUGGAUGAUGACUGACUGGACUUCGUGCUCAAGGACAUGUGGGAAAGGGACACAGAAUAGACAGGUAGCCUGUACUCAGCAACUGAGGAAUGGAACCCUGAUCAGAGCCCGAGAGAGAGACUGUCUUGGCCCCAAGCCCACUUCAACACAGCGCUGUGAAGGCCAGGACUGCAUGACAGUGUGGGAAGCUGGUGUGUGGUCAGAGUGCUCUGUAAAAUGCGGCAAAGGCAUACGGCAUCGGACUGUAAGGUGCACCAAUCCUCGGAAGAAAUGUGUUUUGUCUACAAGACCCAGAGAAUCAGAAGACUGUGAAGAUUAUUCCAAAUGUUAUGUCUGGAGAAUGGGAGACUGGUCUAAGUGCUCCAUCACCUGUGGAAAAGGAAUGCAGUCACGAGUCAUCCAGUGCAUGCACAAGAUCACAGGAAGGCAUGGCAGUGAAUGUUUCUCCUCUGAAAAGCCUGCAGCCUACAGACCUUGCCACUUGCAGCCCUGCAAUGAAAAAAUUAAUGUGAACACAAUUACAUCACCUAGGCUGGCUGCCUUAACAUUCAAGUGUCUGGGAGACCAAUGGACUGUAUAUUGCAGAGUGAUACGAGAGAAGAACCUGUGUCAGGACAUGAGGUGGUAUCAGCGUUGCUGUGAAACAUGCAGGGACUUUUAUGCACAGAAGAUGCAGCAGAGGAGUUGACCCGUAGCAGGCAGGCUCAUGGGCUUUCAGCUUUUCACGAUCACGUUAUUUAUAAACCCACACACGCUUCUUCAGACCAAAUAGUAUCAAAUUACAUAUAAUUUAAUCAAAGUAAUUUAUUUUUGCCUGCCAAGACAUUUUUUUUAAAUGGUUAAAUAGCUUUUGUUUUGGUUUUAUGCUCAGAGUUUCCAUAAUUAAAUUUUAUAUGAAUUAUUUUGGAUACAGUUAUGAGAAGUUUUUCUAAAAAUACUAUUUUAAAUGUUUAUAUUCAAUAGGGUAAGCAGCUGUUUUGGCAUCCUUGCCAUCCAAAAGAGAAUUAGUGCAGUACUAUACACACAGGUAAGCUUGCUAGUCUUGAUCAGCUGAAAUCAAAGGGACUUAAGCCUACUGAACUGCUUACUGCAUUGGAUAAUGAACCAUCAUGUUACCCUGAAUUUAUUUUCUAUUUAGGUGAAUAGUAUUGCUGUAUAUGGAAAUGAAGUCCUCUUUAUUUUAUUUUUUUAAUAUUUUGGUGCUCAGAUUCAGAUUGACUUCAGAAGUUUUGCAACAGGUUUUGGAAACCAAUUCAUACUUUUUCAAGGGCCACAUGUAACAUAAACUGUUCUUGGAGAUGUAUUUAUGUAGCAAAUGUUAACACUUGACUCAGCACUUCCAUGAAUAUAGUCAGUUUCCUAGGCUAAGUUUUCAUCUAUCAUUUCACCAAGAUAAUCCCAAGAGUCAAUUAUGGGUAAUUUUCAUCGACCCUCUGCAUAGUUUUAUAUAUUUUCUGUUUGAAUGCACUCCGGAGAUUGUUGGAACACCCUAAGUUUGUAAGAGCUCUCUGUGCCCUUAGAGACAUUCUAUAGGAAAUGAUCUACUGUAAUUUAUAAAUUUUUAUAUCGAAAUCAGACAAAAAUGGCAAAGUAGGCAUUUUAAUCAUGUGAACAUAUACUUGAACACAAGUACUGAAGCAGUUAAACACUGUAAAGAUUUACACUGAAUCUCUGUUGCACUGCUUUAUGUAAUGUAGAAAAACCACCUUUCUAAAACUUGUAACAUCUUUUGAAAGAAGUCUGUGCUGUUUUAACCUGUCAUUUGCUUUUAAGUAGACCAAGCAAAAGGACGGUACCUAACCUGCAGUGUUCACGUGUAAUCUCUUGGACUUUUACCAGUGGAAGAAACCUAAUGCUUAAGAUGAAUUGGGCUACAUUUUCAGGUUUAAAAUAGUUAAUUCUGUGAUAAAUUGUUUUCAUUAAAAAAAAACUUUAUUAAAAAUAUAACUUUUACAAGUUUGUGAAAUGUGAACAAAACACUUUCCUUAUGAGACACUAUUGUACAUGAUCACUUGAUUUUUACAUUUUCAAUAAAUAUAAUUAGAGAUGUAUAAAUAUAUAUUUUUAUAAACUUGGUUUAUAUACAUUUUCAUAUUCCGAAAUGUUUGUUUCCUGUUCAUAAUAAAAUCAGAAGAAAGAGUGAGUGAGAAAAAAUGCAGACA